UUCGCAGAUACAUUGGUCAGUCAGAAUUUUUGGGUUCCAGUGGAUAGUACUCUGGAUCUCGCAAUCAUAUUGUGAAAGUUGUCUUUGGCGCAUAGUGUAUAGUUGAAGUUAUAGGCGAAAUGGCUAAACCAGAUAUUGAAAUUAAGUACAAACAAAUUUUCAUUAAUAAUGAAUUCGUUCCUGCCAAAUCAGGGAAGACAUUCCCAGUCAUAAACCCAGCAAACAAGCAAAUCAUUGCUGAAGUUGCUGAAGGAGAUAAGGCUGAUAUAGAUGCAGCAGUAGCAGCGGCAAAGAAAGCUUUUGCAAGGAACUCAGAAUGGCGUAAGAUGGAUCCAUCUGGUCGUUCUAAACUCAUUUACAAGUUAGCAGAUUUAAUAGAACGUGAUCAGGAAAUCUUAGGGAUAUUGGAAUGCCUGGAAGUUGGGAAACCCAUCGGAAGUUCGAAACAAGAAGUUAUUUUUGCAGCUUAUUCAUUACGUCAUUAUGGUGAAUGGUGUGACAAAUAUUUUGGAGAAACAUUUCAGGCGCCUGGCAAUAUGGUGUCGAUGACAAGGAAGGAACCAGUUGGAGUUGUUGGCCAAAUUAUUCCUUGGAAUGGUCCUCUUGCAAUGUUAGCAUGGAAAUGGGGUCCGGCUUUGGCUGCAGGUUGUACUAUUGUUUUGAAACCAGCUGAAUCAACACCUCUUGGUGCAUUGCACGUCGCUUCAUUGGUGAAAGAAGCAGGUUUUCCACCAGGUGUUAUUAACGUGGUUCCAGGAUAUGGCCACACGGCAGGCGCGGCUAUUUCAAGCCACAUGGAUGUCAAUAAAGUUGCUUUCACUGGAUCCGUUGGUGUGGGUAAAAAAAUUAUGGAAGCUGCAGCUGCUUCUAAUCUGAAAAGGGUUACUUUGGAACUUGGCGGCAAAAGUCCUUUAAUUGUAUGCGAGGACUUUGACGUGAAUACGGCAGCGGUAAUGUGUCACAAUUUUAUUUGCGCCAAUUCUGGACAAAUCUGCGUUGCCCCGAGUCGCGUAUUCGUGCAUGAAAGUAUUCAUGACGCGUUUGUAGCCAAGCUAGUUGCCCAAGCCAAAGCCCGAAAAGUUGGCGAUCCUUUUGAACCUGAAGUACAGCAGGGACCACAAGUAAACGAAGCCAUGUACAAGAGGGUGUUGGGUUACAUUGAGGCUGGAAAGAAAGAAGGUGCGAAGUUGGAGGUUGGUGGUAAUCCGAUUGGCGACAAAGGAUAUUUCAUCGAACCAACUGUUUUCACAAAUGUGACUGAUGAUAUGAAAAUCGCUAAGGAAGAGAUUUUUGGUCCUGUCCAAUGCGUUUUCAAGUUCAAGACAAUGGAGGAGGUUAUCGAGCGCGCUAACAAUACAACAUAUGGAUUGGCAGCUGGAAUAUUGACAAAGGAUAUUAACAAAGCGAUGAAUUUCGCUAACGCCAUAGAGGCUGGAUCAGUUUGGGUUAACUGUUAUAUGGCUUUUAACCUUUCAGCUCCAUUCGGAGGAUAUAAGCAAUCAGGCAUUGGUAGGGAAAAUGGUAGAUAUGGUCUGGAAAAUUAUUUGGAAACAAAAACUAUCACAAUGAAUAUAAACCCAGUCAACUAAAUUCCUUUAUUGAAGUGGAUUAUUAAAAUUUCCAGGCAAGUUUGCAAAAUAUCAUAUUGAAGUUGGAAAUGUGUAAAGGAGAUUUUUUCGAAUAUAUAAGAAUGUAAAUAAUAAUUUGAAUAAACACUUUUUCAUAAGAAUAGUCGUGAAAAAUACAAUA